GUUGAAUGAGACUAGGCUAUAACAAUCAUGGCGGCUGUUGGAACGAAACGUGCACUCCAGGAAAGUGGUUCUAAACAGGACGUUUGCAAGAAGAGGAAGGACAAAUGCCGAGUCGAUAAUUGUCUUUCAUAUAUGGGCCAUAUUCACAAAGACGUUACAGAAAAUCUGCUAAUUGUCAUUAUGAUGGAACUGCGUAAUCUUAUUGACAAGCGCUGUUCUGCAUUCAUCAAGAUUAACAGGCUUACUGUAUUGAAUUCGAACGCCAUAGACGGAUCUUCAUUUUCAAAGGCGUUUUGUAGAAUAUCUGCAAGUAAUGACGAAUUCUCUUUCGUGAGCUUAUUUAAUAAAGGAGUAGAAAUGUUGAUGACAUACAUAGGAGACAGAGAGAUGCCUUUAGAUGACCAAGAAAAACUCGUCUUGGACACGCUUCUCCACUACCUUAUAAAGAUCACAAAUGAAAAUGCACAGGCUCCUUUUGGGGUUUUAGAAUUACUAGGAGAGACAGACGUAGCCAUCAUUCUUGCAAAUCACUUAUUUGGGAAAUUGUGUACAUCAUCACAUUUUCUCAUUGAUAAACAAGGCAAAGGAAAAUGCAGAUCCAAGGAAUCUUGUCCAUGUGCAAAUAAGGAUUGUCAAAUGACAGGCAGUUAUGGAUACACUGGAAUAGGAAAUCCUUCAGUUUGGCAUGGAAACUUGGAUGUAAUUGUCAACAAUCAAGUUGCAAUAGAAGCCAUUGAAGAUGAUCCUGACUGUGACAGUCCUGGAAGGACACCAAUGGAUGAAAAAGGGAAAUCUACAUGUCUCUCAAGAAAUGCCCAGGUCAUAGCAGAAACUAUUGUAUUUUCUUUCCUUCAGAAGAAAAGACACCCAGAGUAUAGUCAUUUCCUGUUUCCCUGUAUUGGAGUUAGUCGCAAGGAAAUGGUGGUGUAUUUCUAUGACUCGGAGCAUGAUGUUUUGCUUGAAAGUUCCUCUAUUCCAUUGCGUACUGUAGAAGGGAAUGUUAAUGUUGUAUCAAUUAUUGUGUCUUGGUUAGUUGUGAAUCACAAAUAUUUUUGUGGUGGCUUAACAGAGGAACUGAAGAAAGAAACAUCUGGAUUCUUUUGCCAGGCUGAGCAAGCACUUCCCAUUUAUGAAAAUCAACUGCAGUUUGGAGAUAUCGAUGUAGGAAUUUCAUGGCCUAAGCCAAAACAUAGGUUCAAUUAUGUAGAUGAUCCAUCAAGGGUUAAAACAGAGAAAAACUGGGCUGAAAUGAUAGCAAAGAAACUAGGUUAAAAAAAGAAAGAAAAACUGAGCUGAAAUAAAAAAAAAAAAACAACAGUGAAACUGAUAGAUUCUGAGAUAAUGGAGUUCCUAGUCCUGUGUGGUUCUAAUUGGUGUAGUGAGUCUGUGCUUAUGGCCAAUUUGUGUACAAAAUACAUGUAUCGCUAUUCAAAUUG